ACAAAUAACUAUGGCAAUGAUGACUGACCAAUGUAGCAUCAAUCCGGAUGGACUAGCUGUUAAUAUAAAAGUCAUUGAAAGCACAUUUAAUGAGUACUGGCGUAUGGUGAAAAAUAUUAUAUUCAUAUGGAUGCUAAUUUUGUUAAAGAUGAAAACUUUAAGUGAACCCUUAUCAGGAAUUUAUAAAGGGGAAGCUGCUAUUGGCAUAGCACAAUUUACUACAAGUGCAACAACAAAAUUUGAAGCUUUUCCUCAAGAUGGCAAAACAAAAUAUAUCUGUAUAAAUUUAACUGAUAAAAUACAAAAAGAAAAUACUGUUCCAGGAAUCAUAACAGAUUUAGAUGUUAUAAUUAGACACAAGUGUAUUACCACUUUCUUUGAUGGUUUGACAAAUGACUUAGAUUCAACUUAUGGGUUUAAAACAAAAGGUGGCUUAUUGGAAAAUUAUGAAAAAGCAAUUAUUUCUUUGCUCUUGGCGGCAGCAGCAAAUGCAGUGAUCUACUUAAUGUCACAGACUGGUAGUAGCAAUGUAUUUUCAGAAGGAUUGUUUGUUUUCUCUCGCAAUGCUUUUUCAACUACAUUUAGUUUUUCUGAUGUUGAUAGUAAACCAGAGUUCAGUUUGCCAAGAUGA